AGCCAAAUCAGGUUUUUUGUAGACCUGAAAGAGUGUGAAUUACUCAUUCCGUCCCAAAAGAAACGUCUACAUUGAAAAAAGCACAUAUUGUUAGAAACGUGUAGUUAUUACAGUUUUUAAUUUAAAAAAUGACAAUUUUACCUUUAAUUAUAGAGAUAAAUUUUAUCCACCUCAAAAUAAAUGGGGAAAUGAACUUUUUACUUUUGAAAGCUAAUACUUAUUUUGGAACAAACUAAAAUAGUAUAACGUAGACGCUUAUUGUAGGACGGAAGGAGUAGUGUUUUUCCGGUCCUAACCGUUUUGGGCCUCUCCCGGUUCUUAUGUAUGUGGAACAUCAUCUUAGGGGGCGGAACAAAUGGAAGCAACCUGCAGGUUGGAAAUGUGAAAACACGAAGAGAAAAAACGAAGGCUCUUCUUGUUCGAACCGUUCUGUGUCACUUUAAUGCUUCAAUUCGCAUCAAGAGUCAAUGGCAAGAGCUGGAACAUCAGGCACUUGUUUACAAAUACAUGAUCUCCGGUAUGCCCAUCCCUCCUGAUCUCCUUUUCUCCAUCAAAAGAAGCUUGGAUCCUUCGACCAAACUCAUCCUUCAUCAUCAAUCGCCUCAUCAAUCCAUUGGAUGGAACUGUUUCCAGAUGGGAUUCGGGAGAAAGAUCGAUCCAGAGCCAGGGAGAUGCAGAAGAACAGAUGGUAAGAAAUGGAGAUGCUCUAAAGAAGCUUAUCCCGAUUCAAAAUACUGUGAAAGGCACAUGCAUAGAGGAAGAAAUCGUUCAAGAAAGCCUGUGGAAGUAAACUUAUCAUCAACACAGCCAUUGUCAAUGUGUAACAAACCUCCAGCCUUCCUUUAUCCCCAACUAUCCUCAUCAUCCUGCAGUAGGCCUGUUUUGUCAUCUCAUCAAGAUCGGAUGUUUAUGUUGGAAUCUAGGGCCUACUACUCGCAUUCAGAAAAAGAUCAGAGCUAUGGGAUGAAAGAGGAUCAGGCAGAUGAACAUCCAUUUUUCUCAGAAAAUAGUUGUGGCACCAUGUCUGCUUCAAUGGCUGAUUCUUGGCAUUUGGAACCAUUGGCUAUCAACAACUCUUCUUCCUCUUCUUCAAAGCAGCAGACUUUCUCUGAUUAUAAAAAUGGCUACUCAUAUGAUCUGCAGCUUCAAAACACUCCAAAACAACAACAACAAAAUCAGGAUCAGUUGGGUCUAGAAAUCGAAAGAAAAGAUGAACCCCAGAAAAUGAUGCACCAUUUCUUCGAUGAAUCGCCACGUGAUGCCAAUGAUUCUUCAUCAACUCAACUCUCAAUCUCCAUCCCCAGUUGUGCUCAUGACUUCUUCCUGACCCAUAAUGAUAAAUGAGGUUUAGAAGCGUUGCUUAACUCCAAACUGUAUGAGGUAAUGUUAUUGAUAACUGUUGCUGUGUUUUGGUUUAUCGUACGUGUAAUUGUGGAAGGAAAGCCGGUCAGAUGCUACUAUUGGCAUGUGUUUUAUUAAGCUUGCAGUGUAUUGUUUCUUCUUUUAAAGGAGCAUGUUUUCA